CCUUCGACUUUCAGAAAUUUCUCAUAGGUUUUGUGUUCUUAAUGCUUCAUUUCUGAUGACUGGUUGAGUACAUCAUGAUCUGCUGCAAUCGAUACCUACUGUAGAUCAGUGAACUUAGCUUGAUUAAUUAUAAGAGUUAUCUGAGCAUAUAUGUUAGUAUGUUACUCUAUUUAGUCGGCUCAACAUUGAAAGAGCAAGAUCCAUGAUCCAUAUUAAUAAGUGUAUAUUUUGGCCUUGGUGCUUACUGCCUAUGUUGAUAAGUAGCCAUAUCAGAAUCAUGAUCAUAUCAAAAUCUUUGUAUAGUAGUAAGUUCAUCAAUUUAUUCUAUAUGAUUCCAAUGAAGAUGACAAUCAUUUUUCCCUACUUUACAAACUUAGUUUAUUCAACCUUGCAUUGGUGCCUUGUAGAUUUCUUUGAGUAAAUGAUGGUAGCUGGUGCCAAAAAUGCAGGUGGGGACGCAGAUUUGCCCCCACCCCCUCCAACCAUACCAUCCAAUUUGAAGCCAGAACUAUUGGCUCCGCCCAAGUAUUCUAUUAUGACUAGGCCAUGCAGGACUGGAACUACUGGACGGGGCAUAACUUUGCUUGCCAACCACUUCAAAGUUUCAGUGAAUAAUCCAGAUGCUGUAUUUUAUCAGUAUUCUGUUCACAUGACUUAUGAAGAUAAUAAUCCAGUUCUUCCAGGGAUGGGAAUUGGGAGAAAAUUGAUGGAUAGGCUUUAUCAUACAUACUCCAUGGAAUUUGAUGGCAACAAAUUUGCAUACGAUGGGGAGAAAUCUCUGUACACAUUUGGUCCUCUACCACUGCACAAGCUCAAUUACACAGUUGUGCUGGAGGAAUCAGUUUCUAGGCCACAUGAAACCGGCAGCUCUAGUGUCACUGAAAAACGGAUGAAACUAUCUAUUCAGUCAAAGACUUUCAAUGUAGAGAUAAGUUAUGCUGCCAAAAUACCUCUGAAGCCAAUUGCUCUUGCCCUUAAAGGAGCUGAUGCAGAUGAUGGUCAAGAUGCAUUGAGAGUGCUAGACAUAGUCUUAAGGCAGCAAGCAGCUAACAGGGGAUGUCUUCUAGUAAGACAGUCAUUCUUUCAGGAUGACUCCAGAUGCAUCACUGCUGUUGGAGGUACCGGUUUAAGUACUGUUCGGGGCUUCCAUUCCAGUUUUCGUCCCACUCAGGGUGGUCUGACCUUGAAUAUGGGUACAAAAUUUUGUUGCCUUUUUGUAAUCUCUGUGGUUGCCUACACUUGUCGUCACUUGUCACUUUUUCUGUUAUGGCUUCUUGCAGAUGUAUCUACUACACUGAUCUUAACCCCUGGACCAGUGAUUGAUUUUCUGAAAGCUAACCAGGGUGUACAACACCCCCGCAACAUUGACUGGGCAAGGGCUAAAAGAAUGCUGAAAAAUUUGAGGAUAAAGACAAGACAUCACAACAUGGAAUUCAAAAUUACUGGCUUGAGCCAGAAUCCCUGCCGUGAGCAAUAUUUUCCUAUGAAAUUGAGAAGUGAUGACGGAACUACUGUGGAGCAGACUGUGGACAUUACUGUAUAUGAGUAUUUCACCAAACAUCGUGGCAUAGAACUUACCUAUUCUGCAAACUUUCCAUGCCUUGACGUUGGCAAGCCAAAAAGGCCUAACUAUGUGCCACUCGAGCUUUGUUCCCUUGUUUCCCUCCAACGGUAUAAAAAAGCAUUAUCUUCAAAGCAGAGAGCUUCUAUAGUUGGAAGUUCAAGGCAGAGGCCUCAGGAGAGAAUAAAUAGUGUGACUAAUGCUGUAAGGAAUUAUGGCUAUAAUGAUGAUCCUGUGCUUGCUGCAUGCGGUAUAUCCAUAGAGAAGCAAUUGACUCAGAUUGAAGGUCGUGUACUUGAGGCUCCGAAGUUGAAGGUAGGCAACAGUUCCGAUUGCAUGCCUUCAGAUGGGAGAUGGAACUUCAAUGGCAAGACAUUUUUGAACCCCAAACACAUUGACAAAUGGAUUGUUGUCAACUUCUCUUUGGAAAAUUGUGAUACUAGUCGCAUCUCAAGGCAGCUUUAUGACAUUGGGAGGAAGAAGGGCAUUAGAAUUGAGUACCCAAUCACAUUGAUUGAGGAACAACCACAGCUUAAAAAGCAAAGCCCUAUUGAAAGAGUUAAAAAGAUGUUUGAACAGAUUAAAGUGAAGCAUCCUACAGAGCCACCAAACUUCAUUCUUUGCGUUUUACCAGAAAGAAAAACUUCUGAUAUAUAUGGACCGUGGAAGAAAGAGUGCCUUGUUGACUAUGGCAUUGUCACACAGUGCAUUUCUCCUCCCAUGAAAAAAAAUAAUAGGGAGAGAGAGCUAUCUGAACAGUACCUCACUAAUGUACUUUUGAAAAUCAAUUCUAAGCUUGGAGGAAUAAAUUCUUUGUUGGCAACAGAACACUCUGGGGUUGUUUCUCUAAUUAAAGAUACUCCUACAAUGAUUUUGGGGAUGGAUGUAUCUCAUGGGCCUCCUGGUCGAUCAGAUAUUCCUUCUGUUGCUGCGGUUGUUGGCUCUCUACAGUGGCCACUAAUUUCACAGUACAGAGCGGCUGUAAGGACACAAAAAGUUCGUAAGGAGAUGAUUGAUUCUCUGUACAAGCCACUGGAAAGUGGAGAAGAUGAUGGUAUUAUGAGGGAACUGCUUAAGGAAUUCUAUAAAACUAGCAAAUGCAAACCAACUCAGAUUAUUAUCUUCAGGGAUGGAGUCAGUGAAUCGCAAUUUAAUCAAGUUUUGAAUGAGGAGCUGGAUCAAAUUAUGAAGGCUUACAAGCACCACCAGAAGGUUGAUGAGCUUCCAAAAUUUACUGUGAUUGUGGCUCAAAAGAACCAUAAUACAAAGCUAUUCCAAGCUGGUUCUCCCCAGUAUAAUGUUCCACCAGGAACAGUUGUGGACACAAAUAUUGUGCAUCCAAGGAAUUAUGAUUUCUAUAUGUGUGCUCACAAAGGCUCCAUUGGAACUUCUAGGCCAGUACACUAUCAUGUCUUGCUCGAUGAGAUUGGCUUUUCUGCCAAUGAACUGCAAAACCUGAUCCACUCUCUUUCCUAUGUGUACCAGAGGAGUACAACUGCAGUCUCAAUUGUUGCGCCCAUAUGUUAUGCGCACCUUGCUGCAGCCCAAGUAAUGCAGUUUAUGAAGUUUGAAGAUCUCUCGGCAACUUCAUCAUCAGGAAGGGUCAGUGUCACUACAUCAGAGAGUAUCCCAGUGCCUGAGCUCCCUAGGCUUCAUGAGAAGGUCCGCAGUUCCAUGUUCUUCUGUUGAUCAGAUUGCCGCUGCUUCAUCUAGCACUGUUUAGGAUUUCUACCCCAAACUUAGCAGACCUCUUGGUCUGGUUUCGAGUAUCUAUAUUCUUGACUCUUUAAGCUAAUUAAGUUGGGUUUAUAGGUUUAUGCAUUAUGAUAUGGACCUGCAUGGUCUUGGAAUCAUCAUUCGACAUGUCUAUCUCAUUUCUUGUUAUUAUUCUGAAAGGUACCAGGUGACAAUUUGUUCAUGCUUUAAUAUAAUAA